AUGGCUGCCUCCAUAAACGAGGAAUGUGACUGCAGCGAUUUUCUGAAAUUUCAGGAUCAUCUGAAGACCAUGCGGACUGUUGAUGAUAGGAUAAUACAUGCUUUGAACACAGCAAUACCCACCAAAUUAUUUUCAAAGAAAGUAGAUGUGUCUGAAACUUGUAAAAAUCUUUAUGAUGAGAUUAUACAAUCGCAUGAGAUAAGAGAACGGGCUAUACGUAAAUGUGUAACAGAGGCAGCAAAUAGUGUCAAAGAAUUGAGUAAGCAAAGAGACAAUGAUGCGGACAAUAUGGAGAUAUUAAAAGAUCUACGGAAAGCACAAACAAAGUUGCGGCUAAUGAAAUCAGAAUUCUAUGUAGAUGAAGUUGUGAAUGACAGAACAUUUAAAGCUUUUUACGAGCGAUGUGGAACAGCAUACAAGUUUCCAAAUAAACCUAUACUGUGAGGAUUAUUAUACUAAGACAUUGCGUGUAAGGUGUUUUGUUUGCUGGACGAGUGAUAAAUUACAAUGAUAAAUAGAACAGUGACACACUGUAAAGGGAACAAUAGAAGAUGUAAAUGUUUAAGUAUGUGAUAAAACUCUUGGAGGAUUUCUACUUUGCAUGGUACCAUAAAUGAUGAUGUGUAUGAAUGUGAAGAAGUGAUGACAAACAACCAAAUUCAUAAGUGUUCAAUGAAUACUGAUAACAAAUGUUAAUACAUAUAAUGUUUGGUAAUUUUUUAAUCAACUGAUCAGACAACUUGCAGAGAAAUACCUCUCCAUUGCCAUUGGAAACAUUGCUUAUUUUACCCUUUUAAUUGACAGUGGAAUAAUGUAACAGUUCUCCAUUGUUUGAACUGACAGAGGAAUAAUGUAACAGUUCUCCAAUCUUUGAACUGACAGAGGAAUAAUGUAACAGUUCUCCAAUCUUUGAACCGACAGAGGAAUAAUGUAACAGUUCUCCAAUCUUUGAACCGACAGAGGAAUAAUGUUACAGUUCUCCAAUCUUUGAACUGACAGAGGAAUAAUGUAACAGUUUUCCAUCCUUGAUAUCCUGAUAAACAGUAAAUGUUUCGCAAUCAAACCAAACAUUAAAUUACAUCUUGGUAAGGACAUCCAAUUAAUGUUAAGAUAAAGAUUACGAAUUUCACCACGACAAACCAGGAAGGUCAUCACAUUCAACACAAUCCAGAUUUGAUUUAAGAUUAUUUACAGUUAAUUAAAACAAUUGAAAUGACAGUUCAAGUGUUUUUUAUUUUCCUUUUUGGAUUAAUGUUCAGCUCAAUUUGUGCUUUGGCAAUUUAUAAUAGCAUGUAAGUAUUGAAAAAUACUUAAGAGGAAGUUGGAGGUGAAAUGUUUUUAUAAUUGUUAAUGCAUUUUGAUAUUGGCAUUUCCUAUCAAAACUGAAAAAGUGAGGCAGGCAACACAGAUGAUUAUGGACAAUAAUUGCUUGGAAAAAAAGUCAGCUAAACCAAAAUUUACAGAUCUAAUCACAAAUCUCUGCACAGAGGGUUCAAACUAAACCUCAUAAUCUAUGAAGGACAUUAAAACAGAACUGAGCGGUAUUUUAGGUUUUAAUUUUUAGAAGAUAGGCAGUAAUCUCCCUUUAGAUGACUGCUUUUUGUCCUAAGCAUGGCAAUGCAGUUAUAACAGAAUUUUAUUGUAUAAUCAAUCUAUAAACCUCUAGAAUGAAGUUUCAGUAUGUCAUAAAUGUAUUGUCUACUACAACCACACCUAUUAGAAAGUAUGCAUUUGUCUGUCUCUAUUUCUCGAACAUAACUUCGUAAUUGUUUCAGGUAUGCAUGUCACAUUUGGAGAGACAGUCCAUCUUGAUUAGGCGAUGUAUAACAUACUGAAAUAUGGCAUUCCAAUCAGCAUUAAUCAUUAAAUAUUUUUAGAAGUACAUUUGAUGGAUUGUAUCAUUAGGUCAUGUUGACCUAGUGCGAUUGUUCUUUGUCCAUUGUCAUGCAUCAACUUUUUCUUUUGUGAAUAUAUACUACUUGAUUUAUAUAAACAUAUUUUGAUAAAACUAGGUGUGUGGCCUGAUAUUAAAAGCAUCUCAGAUGAGUUCAACAUGGGACUGAUUUAAUGGUAAUUUACAGUUAUGGUCCUUUUCAGUUUUAUUACCAUUGAACCUUGUGAACACAAUAACUUGAGUAAAUAUAAACAGGUUUUGAUCAAACUUGGUGUGCUGCCUGGGACUUCUUUAAUUGUAAUGAAUAGAGCUAUUUUAUUGCGAUUGAACAAUGUGAACACGAUUUGAAUAAAUAUGAACAGGUUUUGAUAAAAAAAUUGUAUGCAACCAAGCUAAGAUCUCAGAGAAGUUUGACAAAACCAAUUUUAUGUAAUACAGAAAGAGAUAUUGUUCUUUGUAGUUCAGGUUGAAAAAUUAAUUAGGUGACUGUUUAGGCCAAAUGGCCUCUGUCGUUUAUUAGGGUGAUUAGAUUAAAUUGUUAGUGAUUUUGUUUGCUGAAAAAAUACCUAUUGUACACAUGUACUAUGUAUAUGUACAUGUACAAUGUAUGCUCAUUUA